GCAAAAUCAAAAAACAUUCGAGAAAAUCAACUCAAAAUGAAGAAAUCAAUUUUAAUUCUGGUGCUUGCCUUCACACUUGUAAGUGCUCAAUCUGACUAUUGCUCAUUAUGUGCCAAUCAUAUCGCAUGCAAUCAUCCUGGAACAUUUGCUGCAACCUGCCCAGCUGAUGCCGUAAUUACACCACUCGGUUCUAGCGAAAUUAAUUUGUUAUUGGAUACGCACAAUGGACAUCGUAAUAAUAUUGCCGGUGGCUUAGUUUCUCCAUUUUCACCAGCACGGGCUAUGAAUGCAUUGACAUGGGACCAUGAACUAGCUUUCCUAGCUGAACUUAAUGUCAAGCAAUGUGCAAUGAGACACGAUUCAUGUCGAGCUACAGCUCAAUUCCCAAAUGCUGGCCAAAACUUAUUCAUGCACGGCACAAGCGGUGCCUUCCAACCAGUCUCAACUCAACUCAUUGAUGCUGUCAAUCGAUGGUUUAAUGAACAUACUCUCGCAUCUCCAAAUGACAUCACCAGCUGCUGUGGCGGUGCCAAUUUCAAUAACAUCGGUCAUUUCCUUCAACUCGUUCAAGAUCGUGCAAUUCGUAUCGGAUGUGCCGUUUCUAGAUUCACAGAAACUCCAUGGAGACGAACUUUAGUUGCUUGCAAUUAUUCAUGGCCAAACUUCCUUAAUUCACCUGUUUAUGUUGUUGGAGCUCCUGGUUCUGGAUGUUCAUCAAGAAAUUCUGUUUUUACUAAUCUUUGUAAUGCUUAAAAAGUUGAUUUACUAAUAAAUAUUUCGUCAAAGAAUAAGAAUGAAUAAAUAAUGGCAAUAAGAUGGCUAU